UUUUACGCAUGGCAUGGACACACAAUUCCUUUUAUAAUUCAUAUAGACCUUUAUUUUAAUAUCUUAAUCUUCUCUCUAUUAAUAGAAUUCAUUUUCUUUGUACAUUAAAUAUAUUAUUCAUGUCUGACCAACUUAAAGUAUUGUCUCUCAACUGCUGGGGACUGGCUAUUGUCUCAAAGAACCGAGAUCUUAGACUAAAAGCGAUUGCAAACGUACUUUCAGGUCAAGAUUAUGACUUGAUCACACUUCAAGAGGUUUGGGUUCAAACAGACUUUCAACGUAUUCGACAUGCUGUGAAGGAUACAUUACCUCAUUCAAAAUACUUCUAUAGUGGAGUACUUGGAAGUGGACUUGCCAUUCUUUCCAAGUUUCCUAUUCUUUCCACCCAAUAUCAUCGCUAUCACUUGAACGGAAAGCCAUUGAUGUUUAUCCAUGGCGAUUAUUAUGUAGGCAAAGGAGUGGGUUCUAUUGUAGUGGAUCAUCCCACUGUGGGUCUAUUAGAAGUAUUCAAUACCCAUUUGCAUGCCAGUUAUAGUCCUCGACAUCAAUACAACGCUCAUCGAGCAGCUGAAUGUUGGCAAUUAGCGACCCUUUUAAGGAAUUCAGCUGCUAUGGGAAGACAGAUUGUGAUGUCGGGUGAUUUCAAUAGUGUACCUACUUCCAUCAACUAUCAAUUGAUUUGUGAUCAUGGAUGCAUGACGGAUUCAUGGCUUGAAUUACAUGGUGAACCUGAUCCUACCAAGUUUGAUGUGGACACUAUGACACAAGAAGCGUACACUCAAUACUUUGGUUAUACUUGCAAUUCUCCUUUUAAUACUUUUUCUCGGUACUAUCAAUCAGAUAUCCACACUGCCUCAGCCAAACGAUUGGAUUAUAUCUUUUAUCGACAUACACCUCAAUUGAAGUGUAUUGCAUCCAAUGUCGUAUUUACUAACCUUAUACCUGAUUCAAACCAGAGUUAUUCAGACCAUUUUGGUGUCAUGUCUAUCUUUCAACUCUCGCUCCAUGCGGAUCUAUCCAAUCUUAAUAAGACACAACUCAAACUAUCGACUGUAGAUGCCAUUCUAGAAGAACUAAGAAAAGAACAGACGUAUGCAAAGUAUCAAUCUCGUUUAUUGUUAUAUGCAUGUCUUGUAUGUCUUGUACUCCAAAUGGUGCUGUAUAUCAUCAAUAUUGUGCUACCGACAACAUUAAGUCAACAUGGAUCGUUACCUAUUGUCCUUGUUACUGUGGUUGUUGGUCUGUUGAUGAACAUUGUGUCUGUUCUUUUGCCUGUCUGUUUGAUUGUUGGCUUUGUGUUUGGACAUACAGAGCAGAGAACACUUUCUCAAUUCAUAGAUGAAAUAGAGACAUUUCGAUACCAAUUAGAAAAAGCACCUGUCUUGUUAAUAAAAUAGAAUCCGAGUCGGAUUCAUAUGGGCCGGAAUAGACGUUAUAAAUACUCCCUCUCAGGCGCCUUUUUUGUUAUUCUUUUCUCCCAUUUAUCUAUCAACA